ACCACACUGACACAUCCGUGCCCCCAGGAAACCUGGGAUCUCACAUGCCAGCACUCCAAAGAGAUGUCUUUGAGAAAACAGCAAUGAUUCCUGAAGCCAGGAACUGCAAAGUCAUUGUAGAGGGAAACAGCAACACAUGACAUAGCAUUCCCUGAGAUCUUUCCAUUCAUUUGGCUCAUACAGGGAUUUCCUCACUUAUUCAGCAAGGAAUGUGGGCCCUGAGGCAGUGUGGGGCCAGGAUAAAAGGCAGCCUAACAGGUGGCUCUCUCAACCACUUCUGUCUCCUCCUUCUCCUUGGGAAACAGGUGAGUUGCAAGUCCCUUUCUCCUGCACCCUCUCGAGGACAGCACUGAGCUUUCCAGCCCUUGUUCCUGCUCCUUCUUCUUCUGGGGCUGUUCUGCCUUGGUGGCGGAGGUGUGGGCAGAGGGAAGGCCGUGUGUUCUGGCCAGAGGCUGAGGCUGGGCUGAGGUGCUGAUUUUCAUGCAGGUUGGGCAGGAGCAUGGCUGGGCCAGGCUGAGCUCGGAAGGAGCGAGCUGGGCUCAGGCAAAGGAUCCCCAGUUUGGGGCGGCACAGCCUGGAGCUCCACGGGCAGCAGGGGCCUUGUCUUGCUGGGGGUGCUUUGCGGGCUGUGUCUCAGAUGUGCGUGUGCUCUGCUCCCUCCCUGCGCCAGGUGCAGCGCCAGGCUCCAGACAUGUCCUGCCCUGAGAAGUGCCAGCAGUGCCAGCCCUGCAACCCUUGCUGCCAGUCCUGCGGCCCCUGCCCGCUGGCCAGCAGCUGCAAUGAGUGCUGUGUCAGGCAGUGCCAGAGCUCCCAUGUCGUCAUUGAGCCGCCUGCUGUGCUGGUGACCCUGCCCGGCCCCAUCCUCAGCUCCUUCCCACAGAACACCGCCGUGGGAUCCUCCACCUCCGCUGCCGUUGGCAGCAUCCUCAGCUCUGAGGGAGUGCCCAUCAGCUCCGGGGGCUUUGACAUCUCCUGCAUCACCAACUGCUACGGUGGCAGCAGAUGUUGUCGUCCUUGCUAAAGACGCUGCCGCCAAUAUCCUUGGGCCAGAACCUCCA